AUGGAACCAAACUCUAAUUUGAACUUAAUGGGAACAAGAUUGUUGGUCCUGUCGCGAAUCUCACGGCCUGGUGCUCCGGGCCGAGGGUAUAUGCGUCAACACGUGACGUCUUUCUUUUGGAUGCGGUGCGGUUGUGCGCGGGCGUGCAAGCACAGUCUACCGUGCGUCGAGAUGAUGAUGAGGUUCUGGUAA